AUUGAACUAAGAUUCUUUUUAAUUCAUAUACAAAUUGAAAUGAUAAAAAUAUUGAUCGCAUAUAAAUGUACUUUAUUACACGUAUCAAUGCCUCGAACUCAUUUUAAGAAAGGACAAGGGUCUCGUCAUUCAAAUGAAAAUUUUCAAAACGCCCUUGUUGAAAAAACAACAGUAUUCGUGCUGCGGUCAGAAAACACAACAUUACAAAUUCAUUAUUCUUCGCAAGCGGAUCUUCGUGAUGCUGGACGACUAACUCAUUCUACGGAUUUGGAGGAAAUGCUUUUAAUCAGUGCAAUAACAGUUCUUCAAGAAUGGGGUGAAGCUAUAACUAUCAAACAACUAAUUAAAAUGGUUACAUAUUACGUGCAAGAACUUGGAAAAAAUUGGAAAACCAACUGUCGAACAACAUUCGCCAUGUUGACGACUGGCGAAUGUCCACACAGCAUUCGCCAACACCCACAGGACAUGUCACUCAGUAUUCAUUGGAGUGCUCAUCCUGUAGCUGCAAAAAAUACAAAAUAG